CAACAACGCCGCAAGCAACUCACAUCCUUCCCGCAACACAACCUCGAUCAUCACAGGUCGAUUUCUCAGCUAUUGUAUCGCCAGAGCUGAGCUGGGCGCCAGCUUCUUCAAUUAGGUGUCUACAUAUCAUCUUGUCAUUCUCUGACAAUGGAUUCCUCCGUCUCCGAGCCGUCCGCUCCCUGCAACGGCGCCGAUGCGCUGCGCACCAAGGUGCGCAGCGAAAGCGUCUCACAACGUUCCGAUGACUCGCGAACUGCAGCGGACAUCAUUCGAGAUCAGAUGCAACUUGAGGCGGACGCGCGCGAAGCCUUGCCCUAUAGCAUCGAUCACUGUACGAAACCACUGGGUCCGCUCCGCCAAAGCGUUUUUGCAUGCUUGACCUGCAACCCACCUCCCACGAACCCCUCAGACGCCUACAAUGCAGCCGGUGUGUGUUAUGCAUGCUCCGUGCAGUGCCACGGCGAGCAUACACUCGUGGAAAUCUUCAACAAGCGGAAUUUCACAUGCGACUGCGGCACAACACGGUUCCCCGAAUCAGCCCCCUGCAAUUUACGCAUCAACCCGAAGACCAACGCCAAGGGAGGCGUACACUCCGAGGAGCCGAACACAAACAACAAGUACAACCAAAACUUCCGCAACCGCUUCUGUGGUUGCAAGUGCGAAUACGACCCCUUGGAGCAAAAAGGCACCAUGUUCCAAUGCCUAGGCCUUGGAACGCAUGAGACGGGUGGCUGUGGCGAGGACUGGUGGCACCCUGGCUGUGUUGUUGGCUUGGGUCCCAGGUGGUUUGAGAGUAUGCCCAAAACCAAGGUGAAGGCGGAGGCUAAGGAUUCUAAGCCGAAUGGCGCGCUGCCAGUCAUUGCAGAGGAUGCGGACGCGACAGAGCAGAACGGCGACGUCCCACCUGGGGAAGCAGGAGAACAUGAGGAGGAUGACGACCCGCCGCCUCCACCCGGUUUCCCGUCCGAGGACGACUUCGACGGCUUCCUCUGCUACAAGUGCGUUGACGCUCAUCCCUGGAUCAAGAGAUACGCCGGCAGUCCUGGGUUUUUGGCUCCGGUCUUCUCCAAGCAGGGUGACGCGGAUGCGACUCAGGGGUCCAGUCCACCAGGCACUCUUCUCAAUAACGAGCAGUUGAAUGGGGAAUCUCGGAAGCGCAAAGCUGAAGACGACGAAACCGAUUCCCAGGCCUCAAAACGCCAGAAGGGCGCUGGCGAAGCCACUGACACUGCUCCUCAAUCCACCGAGAUCCCCAGCACUUCGGCACCCGCCACCGAAGCCUCAAAGGAAUCAUCCCCUGCCUGCAAGCUGUCAACCCUUCCUCCGGCACCAUCAGGGCAGUUCUCGCUCUUCUUCACGGAGUCCUUCAGGUCGCACCUCUGCCACUGCCGGUCCUGUUUCCCGCUGCUGGCACCCCACCCGCAGCUUCUGGAAGAGGAAGAGACCUAUGAACCGCCGGUGUCGGAGGACAGCGGCUCCGUGGUGAGCAGCCUAUACGACCGCGGCGAGGCGGCACUGCGCAAUAUCGACCGCGUGCGCGCCAUCGAGGGCGUAAUGGCGUACCAGCACCUCAAGGACAAGCUGAUGCCCUUCUUUCAGCAGUUUGCCGAGAGCAAGCAGGCCAUCAGCGCCGAGGACAUCAAGGAGUACUUCGCGAAGCUCAGGGGUGAUGAUCAGGCGAUCAAGGACGCUGGAGAGCUGGCUGAGAAUGAUGGGGCUGAUGGGGCUGACUUUAGGAGGGAGCAGGAUGGUUACUAAGGUAGUCGCGUGUAAGCCUUUGGUGGGUUUGUUUUGAUAUAGGGGGUUGGGCUGGGAAGGAAAGGGAAUAUUAUGAUCCGUUUUCAUUUGGGCUUUGUGCUUGAUGGUUGGGCUUAAUAUGCAUUUUCCGGAGUUUGUAGUUGUCGUUGGCAGGUUUAAACAGUACGGCGUGCGCGCUUGGGGAAAUGCUAGGUUUUAGUUGUCCUGCACUAUGGAUGUCUUCUGCGCUGGUGCCCGUGCCAGUAUUCGUGAUUCGUUAUCAGGGCAGACCUCUCUCAUGG